AUGUACAAGAAAUUGGAUAUAAACUUUUCCGCAUUGGAUUUCAAGCCGGAUUUCUUUUAUGGCUUAGGAUCUCCUUUAGGUGCUGUUUUAACCUUUCGAGGUCAGGAUCCCGUGCUUUAUCAUCCAGAUAACGAUAUUCAGUUUGAAAAUGUGUUUCAUCCAUUCGACCCUAUCGGUUACCGCUUUGAGCCCUUGUUUAAUGACUACUUUACAGAUAAACCUGCAGUUCUGAUUGAACGAUCUGCACCGUUCGGUCCUUCCUUUUCAUUCCCUUCCAUGCCCUCUUUUCCUCUUUCGGCAGGCUUCAUGUCGUUCUUUUCUUGGAAAGGUGAAGACAAGGCGGCUAAAACCAUCUUUAAUGCCACAUCAGAGGCAGCCAAAGCCAAUAUACCGGAGAAUGAAAAUACGCAGGAGGAGACAGAGCCCACCUCUGGUACAAAUGAACGAGGGUUAAGCUCACCGAUCGAACAACAAACGGGUUUCAUGUCAUCUCUCAUGGGUUACUUUUCAAAGGGUGGUGGUACAAAGCAAAAGCAAGAUAGUCAAGUAGAUGGUGGUACAAAAGAUGAUAUGGGUAUUAUUACUUGGGAUCCGCUAAGAGAGCAAACAAGAGAACAAUUAUUGGCUUUAAGAGAUGAUCUAGACCGUACAUUAAAUACAACAUCGAUGGAUAAUUUGACGAGAAAUAAGCGACCUCCUAUGCGUAUUCGAAGCAAGACAUUUAAUGUAACGGAAGAAAAUAGUUUAUAUUCGUCUUCAUUGGAACAAAAUUCAGAUGGCUCUGUGCUCGAUAAAACAGUGACAAGUCGUACAAGUAGCACCAGUAGUAUCAAAGAAGCUACGGAACGCAUUCCACUUCGUAAGACAAUGACAGAAAAUCCCAAACGUCAACAUUUAGUAGAAGUGCUUGGUAUUGACGGUGUACGAGUUGAUUCAUUUGAAAGAGCAAGAGUGAAUUUCGACAAACAUGAAGAAAAGGAGAGCAACCCGUCCGAAGAAAAGAAAGAUGAUGAUUUGAAUGGCAGUGGUGGAGAUAACCUUUGGUUGGAUUUAAAUAAUGAAUUGAAUAAACCAGGACCAGCCAUUACAAGUCCAGGUGAAUCUCGGGCCGAUGUGGCACAAGAUGCAACAAUUCCAAAAGAAAGCAACAAUAAAGAAAAGGAGAAUUUGGAGCAGGAAGAAAUCAAUAAACUUCCUGGCCAAUGUCGCAUGGAUUAUGUCUUGCAGCCCGAUAGUGUCAUGUCUAUGAUUGCCAAUGAAUAUCUCAUUGGUUUACGUGCUCACUUCUCUUACUGGACAAAUAAAGAUCUUUUGUGGCAUAUGUUGCGUCGAAUUGAAAAUCUGAAAGUACCAUCGGACGAAAUUAAAAAUCCUUCUGUUUCAACAAGUGAUAAAACUGCUGCUGUCGUUAGUAUUGAUGAAAGAAACAUACAAAAGAAGCAAAAACCAGUAAAAAAGUAA